AUGGCAUCCGUAGCCGACAAACAUGAACGCAUUCGUGCUAGGGUGAGGGAGUCAUUCAUCCUGUUUGAACAUAAAGAGGGCAGCCGACUGGUUGACUUCAAGGAUGUUCCGACAGCCAUUCGUUGUUGCGGUGUCAACCCGACGUCUGUGCAGCUGAAUCUUAUAUUGGAUCAAUUGGCAGCGCUAAAUGCCGAGUCUGAGGCGACUGGGCUGGUCAACAUGGAGAACUUUGAGAUAGUCGUGUCCAACUUUUUAAUUCAGCAGGAAGCUAGUCUUCUUAGAGAUGACUAUCAUACACUUCUUCGUGCUUUUCGGGCAUUCGAUCCGGAGGGGCGCGGCUUCAUCGAGGCUGAGACACUCCGGGCUUUGCUCAACGGGCGGGGCGAGGCGAUGACGGAGGACGAACUGAACAGAAUGAUGCUUGUUGCAGCCGAUGAGCAGGGACGCGUCUGGUACGAGGACUACGCGCAGGUGCGAAGGACCUCCACACCCGCGCACAAUGUACACAUGAGGUUCAGAAGCCGCGGGCCGCGGGCACAUCCUUCCAUUAUAAUGCACAGGCCCAUCAUGCCCCUUGACUUCAGUUACAUCCAGCGAUUUACAUGCAGCCUAGCCUGCUUGUUCUCGCCGGCUGUCUGCGACAAUUCCCCCUGA